CUGAUGUCACCAUGCCCGUCUCUCUUAGUGUCUGGCGUGUCAGGAUUGGCACGUAUCUCGGGAGGUAUCGUCAUGACCCGAAGAAAGAAACUGAACAAUCAAACGAAAAUGACAAUGCCAAUAGCAAUAACCCAUCUUGCAAUGGUUCUUCAAAAGAUGAAAAUAGCCAAAAUGUCAACAAGUCUUCUCAACAACCCCCGUCUUCAGACGUUGUAGACCUGAAAACCUCCCAAACCGAAUUUCCAACUAACAUCGACAAUACAAAAGUCGAUGUGUAUGGUCAGACUCUGUCGACUUUGGCUAUUCCUGGUUGUGCCGCCGUCAAUGGAUCAUCGUGUGAUAUCAAAAGCCCAGACAAAGAAUCCAAUCCUGUACCGGAUCCUUCUGACGCUAAACCUACCAACCCUUGUGACGAAGACGAGUUGGACAUGAGAUAUAUAACCAUUCCUCACGCAUCACCUGAACUUAGUAAACCAGACCAACCAGACUGCUUAUCGGAUUCAACCCCACAGUUGCAUGUAGCUACAGCCAUCACUGGUGAUCAGGAUGACAGCAAACAUGACGAGAAGGAGACAUCAAACCCUUUACCAUCAGAAACAUAUGACGAAUCUCCGCCUAGUUCUGUGAUGAAUCUACUAGGUAACGCUGAAAACGUAUCAUCUUGUACCAGGGUCGCAGAGUAUCAUGAAACACCAAUUUCUCCAGUCGUUGGACAUGCCAGAUCGCCUCUAUCGCACGGUGAUGUAAUCAAAAGGACUUACUCUUCUCAUAUGACCAACGUGCUCCUACUAAGGUCUGGUGACGUGGAGUCUAACCCGGGUCCAAAUACCAAGAAUCUAACUGAACAUGAGUUAAAUCUCCUUGCUGAUGGUAUGGAUCCAUCAGACUUCAGGAAGGUGGGGCUAGCUCUAGGAUUCACUGAGGCUCAACUAAGUCGGUUUGAGAGAGAUAACACUAGCAACAUCAUGGGAGCUACGUAUAAGAUGCUUUGCGAAUGGCUGAAGAGAGUGCGAGAUUAUGAAGCGAGGGAGAAACUAUCCAACAAGUUAAAAGACAUCAAACUGGUACAGCUUGCCGACAAUGUACUGAAAGGUCAGGUUGGUGAUCACAUACCAUCACUGACGGAAGAGGAAUUCCAGAAUGUCAUAAAAGCGGUCAAAGAAUAUUAUUUAAUUCACAACUGUCAGAUUCAAGCAGAUCCACUGAACAGUGGCGUUUUAUUCAAGUUUGAUGAGAUCUUCACCAACCUAAUAAUGAUGGAAGAAAAUAAGAGGACAACAAGUAAGGCACCGCUACUCUACGCUGACUUGCUCAAGACUAAAGUCAACGGAGUUCUUCCUAAACGUUUGCUGGUUGAAGGUGAAGGAGGUGUGGGGAAGACAACUCUUUGUGCAAAGAUUGCUUGGGACUGGAUUCAUGGAGCAGGCUACCAAAAGUUCAAACUGGUACUUCUCGUCCUUCUUCGUGACGUAAGUGAUAAGACUAUUGGAGAGAUAAUAAAGUCUUACCUCCCAGACGACAUUGAGAUUACAGCCAUGCAGCUAAACAAACAUAUCUUCUCCCACCAGAAAGACGUCUUUCUUGUUCUGGACGGCCUAGACGAGUUAGCUGGUGAUCUAAACAACCCUCACCAGAUCGCCUUGAUCAUCUUAAAUCGGCUGUUCAAGUCAGGGAGAGUGCUAAUUACAUCAAGAGGAUGGAAAUCAGAUGAGAUACGGAAGAUUAGUGAGCUUAGAAAGCUCUAUGCUUUCAUUGCGGUCGAAGGUUUUUCUGCUAAUAAUCUGUCUGCCUACAUCACUAAGUUCUUCCAUCCAGACACAACUCCGGCUGAAGAUUUGAAUCGAUUCAUAUCAAACAACGAUGUGAUCAGAGAGAACAUGGCCCCAUUCCCAAUAUACACAGUAAUGCUGUGCAUCAUGUGGAAAGACUUCGACGGCGAACGGCGAAGUGCAAUGUCCAAGUUGCAAACGUUUUCCCAACUGUUUGAUGAGAUGAUCCACUUUUUAGUAGACCAUUAUCUUUCCAAGCUCGAUACGUCUGCAAUUGAUGUUGGUGGGAAAAUGGAUAGGAAACGGAAGGACAUUCUACGUCAUCUAUCCGAUAUCGGUUGUAUUGCCUUGCAGGGGCUUCAUGACAGAAAGCUAGUGUUCACUGAACAGGAGUUCCAUAGCUUAUCGGGUUCUGUGGAUACAGGUUGCCAAGUUGGGGUACUCACUAAGCAAACGCAAAGUCCUUCUCGGAGAGAGAGAAGACACCAUUCUCAUUCUGCAGUCUCAUCUGUCCAGUUCCCUCAUAAGCUGUUUCAGGAGUAUCUUUCAGGAAUGUAUCUGGCAUCUCUCCACAAUUCAGGCAGAAGCGAGUACGACAGGUUGACGAAGGAUAUAAUCGAAAAAGCGAGUGAAUUCCGUGAGCUUCUGUACUUCAUCUCCGCCCAACAAAAGGAGGUCGGAUUGGAUAUCAUAACACGUCUCAUAGCAUCAACGACAACGCGAUCAAUGGGAUAUUGGCGUAAUGAUGAUGACUUCAUUAUUGAUGUAGCAUAUGAGAGUCAAGACCAAGCAGUGGCCAAAGCUGUGGCAGAUCAUCUAUCAACUUCAUCCAGCAAGACACUUGUGAUCGCGGAGAAGAUACCGGCGCACACAGUAGCGGGACAUAUAUUUAUCAUGAAUCAUCGUAAAGUGGCAUGUGGAAAGACUGCUUCAGAGGACCUGGCUGACUUCAUGUGGUCCUCAUCCACUCUGAGAUCAGCAUGGAUCGCUAUCUCUGCAGGCCGAGUAGAGGAUAUGCAUGAAAAUUUAUCCGAGGUGCUUGCUCAUAACGCCACUCAUUCGAAGAUUGAGAUUUUUCGCCACUUUGAUGAUCUCAGUCAACGUCCGUCUGCAUCAUGUUAUCUCGCUCAGUUCAUCUGUAAGAUGAAUAAUCUGAAGAACCUCACACUCGAUGGUUGGUAUCAUGAUGACUUCUACUCAGCACUGUCAUCGAUGGUAUCAAUUGCAAAGUCAAUAGUAAACAGGUCCUGA